GCUGCGCAGGGACCGCCCCGCUCCCGGAGACCGAGCUGCGGCUGCUGCGGGCCGGACCGGCACCGCCCGGGGUCACCCCCUGCUCGGGUGAUCCCCCUUCUUGGGGUCACCCCCGGCCCGGGAUCCCCCCGUGCCCGCCCCGCUGUCCCCGCCCGCAGCAGCGGCCGCGCACGGCGACCUGCGCAACGCCGCCCGCUCCGCAGUGUCUGUGGCACCCUGCAGUGUCCUGCUGCCAUGGCGAGUGCAGAGCUGGGCUCUGAGGAUGCAGCUGAGGCUGAGGAGGCCGUGUACGAGGCCAUGCCCUGCGACAGGACGGAGCUGAGCCAGCGCCUGGCCGUGGAGGAGCUCAUCACCACCGAGGCCAGCUACGUGCACAACAUGCAGCUGUGUGUGUCAGACAUCCGGGCACACCUCCAGGAGAAGCAGCUGCCUGAGCUUGACCUGGAAGGACUCUUCUCUAACACUGAUGACAUCCUCCAUGUCUCCAGACGGUUUCUGAAGGCUCUGGAGGCCACAGCUGGCCAGGGCCAGGAGCAGCUGCUCUGCAUCAGCACCCUGUUCCAGGAGUUCAAGGAAGAGAUGGAGACUGUCUACAAGAUCUACUGUGCCAGCUACGACCACGCCCUGCAGCUGGUGGAGAGCUACCGCAGGGAGCCCCGGCUGCAGGAGGAGAUCCUGGACACCCUGAAUGCCACCGUGCCUCACACGGGCGCGUCAGACCUCAGCUUCUUCCUGGUGAUGCCCGUGCAGAGGGUCACCAAAUACCCUCUGCUGCUGGGGAAGAUCCUGGAGAACACCCCCAGCAGUGCCAGUGCCCACUCAGCCCUGCAGGCAGCAGCUCGUGCCAUGGCCCAGGUCAAUGCCAACAUCAACGAGUACAAACGGCGCCGGGAAGUGGCAACCAAAUACAACAAGGCGGAGCACCUGACGCUGCGGGACCGGCUGGCGCGCCUCAACACGCACUCCAUAGCCAAGAAAACCUCGCGCCUCAGCCGGCUGCUCAUGCACGAGGCUGGCAUCGUGGCCAAGACUGAGGACAAGGAAUAUGACGACCUGGAAGAGAAGUUCCAGUGUGUGGCAUCCAGUGUGGCCACACUGAAGGAGAACAUGGCAUCCUACCUGGGCCAUUUACAGGCGUUCCUGCUGCCCACCCCUCACCAGUGCGACCUGCAGAUGGACGAGGGACCCGCCCAGCAGCACCGCCGCCUCUCGGAGCUCCUCCUCAGCUCCGUGUUCCCAGAGUUUAAGCAGCGUGUGGACAGGCUGGUGUGGCAGCCCCUGUGCAGCCUCUCAGACAUGCUGGAGGGGCCCCAGCAGCUGGUCAGGAAGCGCCUGGACAAGCUGCUGGACUACGAGGAGAUCCAGGAGAGGAGGAGCGAGGUGGGCAGCGUGAGCUACGACGAGGAGGCAGCCAUGAACACCUACCUGGCCAUCAACGACCUGCUGCUGGCUGAGCUGCCCCACUUCAACCAGCUGGCCCUGCAGCUCCUGGGGCAGAUCCUGCGCUCCUUCAGCGCCCUGCAGCUGGACUUGGCUGCCCAGGUGCUGCAGCAGGCAGAAAAGGAGCUGGAGCAGCUGCCCCACGGCCACAUGCCCCUGCCCAGUUUCUGGAAGGUGGUGGAGGACGCCCUGCAGCAGUCGGGGGCUCAGCUCCGUGCCUUCUGCCAGGCCUUUGAGACCAUCACACCGAGCCCUGGCACACAGCCUCUGACCCCUGCUGAGGAGAGGAAGGUCCUUUCCCUUGUGAGCAAGCACGGCCCAGACAAGCUUUACCAAGUGACCAGCAACAUCAGUGGCAGCAGAGACUUGGACCUGACCUUGCUGAGGGGACAGAUCGUGGCUCUGCUGCAGAGCUCUGACACCAAGGGGAACACGAGCAGGUGGCUGGUGGAUGCUGGAGGUCCCCGAGGGUUUGUUCCUGCUGCAAAACUCAGACCCUACAGCCCAGGACAAGCCCAGCAGCCUGGGAUGCAGCUGCUGUCCCUGGACAGUGGCACAGAGAGGAGGAGACAUUCCUAUGCAUCCCCUGAAGCUCCCAGGCCACAGGUGGCCACCUUCACCCCAACAUUCCAGGUGGUGGCCGGCUUCUCCUUCGCAGCCAGGAGCCCGCAGGAGGUGACCCUGCAGGCAGGGCAGCCCGUGCUGCUGCUGGAGCCCCACGACAAGAAGGGGAGCACAGAGUGGAGCCUGGUGGAGGUGGAUGGCCAGAGGGGCUACGUGCCCUCCAGCUACCUGGUGACCGUCCCCGUGCAGGACCCCGCGGGCUGGAGCUUGCCCGUGUGAGCGUGGCCAGCCCACAGCACGGGCACGGGAUGGGAGCAGCCAGCUUGGCACUGAGGACACCUCACAGGAGAUGCUGGAGGGAGGAGCCCCCGGCUGGGAAGGUGGUGGGAGGCACCUGGGGGGCACAGCCCAGGGGUGUGGGCACGAGGAUGGCACUUGGGAGGCGCCUGUUGGUGGGAGGUGUGAGGGUGCCAGGUGCUGUGGGUGUGUUGGCACAAAGCAAAGCAGCACCAGGGAGUCAGGGCAGGUGGCUGCAGUUAUCCAGGGAUUUGCUGAAAUCCCUGCGAGUGACAAAUGUGUCCUGGGGGUGAUGAGGCAGCAUUGUCCCUGCUUGGAGGAGGAUUGAGCAGCAAAGGUGCAGCAAUGCAGAGGGGUCCUCAGCCAGGCAGGGGGCACUUGGACACCUGGGCACUUGGACACCUGGGCACUGAGCACCUGGGCACUUGAGCACUAGGCACUUGAGUACUUGAGAAUUUGGCUACCUGGGUGCCUGAGUACCUGGGCACUGGGCACCUUAGUACCUUAGAAACUGGGCACCUGGGCACCUGAGAAUUUGGCUACCUGGGCACCUGAGUUCCUGAGAAUUUGGCUACCUGGGUGCCUGAGUACCUGAGCCCCUGGGCACUAGGCAGAUGGGCACUGGGCACUUGAGUUCCUGAGAAACUGGGCACCUGAGAAUUUGGCUACCUGGGCACCUAAGUACCUGAGAAACUGGGCUCCUGGGCACCUGAGAAUUUGGCUACCUGGGCACUGAGUGCCUGAGAAUUUGGGCAGUGCGCACCUGUGGCAGCGCUGCGCUGCGGCCGCCAGAGGGAGCCCCGCACCAGCUCCCAGUGCCCGCUGGGCUCCUACUGGGAGCGCUGGUGCGGGAGUGCGGGAGUGCGGGAGUGCGGGGGCACUCGGGGGUUCCGCACCGCUCAGGGCGACAGACAUCGCCACUCCCGGGACCCCCGGGCCCCCCUGUCCCCUGCAACCCGCACAGAUCCCCACCGGGUUGACACGGGUCGCAUGAAAGAGAUUUUUGGGAGAAUCAAUCCGUGUUGGUCCUGACCUAAGGCACGGUUUGAGAAUGGGGACAGCCUCCCUCCCGCCUUUCCCGAGGUAUCCCAGCUCCCUGCCUCAGUUUCCCCGUGGCUGCACUGUUAGGAGACGCUGAUAUGGUGCCAGAGGGGACUUCAGGAGCCGCCCGGGGCUGGCACGGCUCGCUGCCCAUCCCUCACCCGCAGUGCAGCUCCGGGCUGGCGUCGCCCCGGCUGCCCUGGGCUCCUGACUGCCCGCAUCAAAGGUGCCCGUGCGGGCUGGCGAGCGCUGGCACGCCGGGCCCUGUGCCCUGCCCUGCCCUGCCCUGCCCGGGGCCACCCACGGGCUCCCCGCAGGUUCCCCAGUGCUCUGGGCAGUGGGGCAGGGCUGGCACGUCCUCACCCAACCCUGAGCAUCUGCCAGGCAGGUGGGGACAGGCCCCAGGCACUGCCCUGUGCGUCCCACUUGUGGGGCUGGGGUCUGCUGGGGGUCACCUUCCUUUGUGUCUGUACCUGUGGGGUGGCAGCCACCUGUGCCCAGGUGGCAUUGAAAGCCCUGAGGAAAUGUUCAGCUGCACAAAACCUGGGAGGGGACAGCAGUGCCAGAGCUGGGGACAUGUCCUGGGGAUGGUCCCAGCCUGGGGAAAGGCUGAUGCGUUCCUCAGGGAGGGAAAAUGAGCAGGCUGGGGGAUGAGGGUCAUAGAGCAGGAGCUGGGUGUCUGUGCUUGCCCAGGCCCUGCAGCCACAGGGCUCACCCCUCCAGCUCCCUGCAGAUGGCUCCUCUGGGUUUUUCCAUCCCUACUCAAAUCCCAUCAGGUCGGGUUUCUCUCCAAGCCACCUUCCUGCCAGCUCAGUGGGGUGCACAAGCAAUCAGCCCCGUGCCAGUUGAGGCUGGCCAGAGCCUGAGACCCUUCAGAGGGUUAGAGGUGAUGGUGGCACAGGGAGUGCUGAGAUCUCUGAUCCCUGGGCCAUGAUCUUCCCACUGCAAGGAGAUCUGGAGUGGUCAGGACUUGACUGGACAUCCAGCAGGAAGAGAGAAAUGAGUUCAUGUGGCUGGGCUCUGCAGUUCCCCCCAGUCCUGCUGCCAGCCUCGAUGGCUGGGGCACCUUUCCCAGGGGUCUGUGUCCAUGAGUGCAGGACGUGGGUGCCCAUCCCUCCCUUCUCCCAUGAAUCCACCCAAACCCAGGGCACUGCUGCUGCCCCGAGCCUGGAAGUGCCUCUUGGAGUCACGGGAGGGCACGGGGCUCUUCCAGCCUAAACACGAUGGGGGAUAAAGGGCACAAGUGUGCCUUUAAAUAGCCUGUCAAGGACAGGCUCUGCCGGGAGGAAUGCUCUGGCUGGCCCGGUGGAACGUGCCUGUGCCUGGGGGCACGGGGGGACAGCGGGGCAGGGCCGGCUGCUGCCGGGACACCGGGUCAAGGUUAGGCACGGCCCUGGCCCGGUGCCACCGUGCCAUGGCUUGGCACCAGGGCAGCAGAGCCGUGCGAACAGGGACAUGAAUGCCAGGCCAGGGGUUUGCCGUGCCCGGGGCUGCUCUGGAGGUGACAGCGCCCUGCCCGCCGGCCCGCACGGAAUUUGGCACCGGCGCUGCCUGGCCGCCGGAGCGGCUGCUGCGCUCCUGUCCGGGCUGAUUCAUAUCCUGGACGUGCCGGCAUUUGGAUGGUGUCCACCCGCGGGUGUGACAGCAGGCUGUGGCCCCAGGGCGCGGGUGCCAGCCCGGCCGCGUGCCGGGGCAGCUCCGGUCUGCUCUGAGCCGCUGCUGCUCCCCGGGGACACAGCCCAGGUGAGACCCGGCACGGCAGCAGGAUGGCUCAGUGCCCAGGUGUCCGUGUGCCCAUCGGGCACCCCGCGGCAGGGAGGCGUGAGAACAAGGAGCUGCCACGCAAGCCCCAAGCGCAGGAUCCCAGUCCGCUCGCCACGGGGUGCAGAAAGGGCGGAGGGAAUAAAGGGCGGAGAGGGGAGCGAGGAGGAGCAGGGUGGCAGCGCUGGGCUCAAGGGCACUGCCAGCCCGAGAGGCUUUAGGCUCAGGGUGCCCGCGCUGCCAGGCUGAGCUGGCUCCGAGCAGAGCUGCAAUGUCCCCUGCCACCUGCGGGAGCAAGGGGACCCACGAGGAGCUGCCCGAGCCCCCGGGCACCCUCCUGGCCCCUCGUGUGCCCGAGGAAGGGCUGAGCCCCACCGAGAGCGAGCCCGGGGUGCGGAGCAGGAGGGGAGGUGUGAGCAGCAGCGCUCGCUCCAGGCUGGUGCAGCUGGCACCUGAAUUGUCUAAUAAAGUGUGAAAUUGCUUUCAUGCUCUGC